AUGCCAAGUGCCAAUCGAGAAGACUACACGCGCGGUACUUUUGACGACUCCGACUUCAAGUCACCGGACUUGUCUCCGUCGCCUAUUGUGUUUACUCUGCCAAGUGACAACGCCACCAACACAAUUAGCUUCCCCCGCAAUGUCAACAGAGCUGUCUUUUCUGUUUCCGCUUGCGGACAAGCGGCCGAGGAGUUCUGGUGGAGCAAUGUGUUGCAGUCAAAUAUCGAAACUUUUGAGCCGGUAGACGGUACCCUGUACGGGUAUUCGCCUUUCCGUGAGGUCCAGGUCUUAAUUGAUGGCCAGCUUGCUGGUGUCCAAUGGCCAUUCCCUGUGAUUUUCACAGGUGGUGUGGUUCCAGGCUUUUGGCGCCCAAUUGUCGGUAUAGAUGCUUUUGAUCUGCGAGAGCACGAGAUUGAUAUCACUCCAUGGCUACCAGUCCUCUGUGAUGGUACGGAGCACACAUUCGAAAUCAGAGUGGUUGGCAUUAUCGACGAUGGGGAAUCCAGCGGGACGCUCAGUGAAACAGUAGGGAGUUCCUGGUAUGUGACAGGGAAGAUCUUCGUCUGGCUUGACGAUGAUGCGGCAUCAAUCACAUCAGGCAGAAUAGUAGGAGGCCCGAUUAGACCUCCUAUUAUCAGUCUCUCGCAGAAACUGGGGCAGGAUUCGACUGGUGCAAAUGAGACUUUGGAAUACACCGCCAACGUGGAACGCGAUAUAACCAUCUCCUCGGUCGUCACCUCUCAGAAGGGUACCUUUCUCUCCGUUUGGACCCAAACCCUUUCAACCACCAACUAUGGUCUGUACACCGCCUACGGUGCCGUUCAGCAAAACAACCAGACCACGAACGGCCUUGACGUAUCAACCGGCAGUACCUAUUACAAAUCCAGCUACACCUACCCUCUCUAUUGCAACUCCUCCAUCAACGUCCAACCCAACGGCGACUUCUCCAUCUCGGGCAACAUAAUCCGCGCUCUUGACCUCUCCAUCCUCGGCGCGUCCAUAUUCCCCACGGGCCUCUCCCCCUUCUCCGCCCUGCCCCCCAACACCCCUCCCCUCCCCUCCUUCUCCGGCUCCCAGCUCUCCACCACGCAGAACGGCAGCGCGUUCUACUUCGCCAACGCCAGCUCUGGCAGCAGCAGCGGCUUCGGGAGCACGAGCCAAGAAUUCAACUUCGUCGGGCUCGCUACUACAGACACGGAACUCUAUCAUAGAGAAGUCGAAGCGGUGAAUCAGACCAUAGUUCGGGAUUAUGAGACGUUGCUUGGAGAGGAGAUGGCGAGCUUUGGCGUCCCUGGAGAUCUGAUCCCCGAGAUACAGAUGAUUGCGGGUGUGACGAGUCCGAAACAGGCGGUUGGUAGAGGACCGGGGAUGGUGAAGCAGGUGUUGAUCCAGGGCGGUAGAGGAGGAGGCGUCUGAGAGAGGAGUGGAUAUCCAGCUAGAUAUAUAUUUGGUAUAUAUGAAUGGAUGGAUGGAUAGAUAGAUGGAUCCUGGGAGAUAACAAUGCAUUUUUAAUCUUUCUUCAUACACAUCUGUUAAUUGGAGAGGGCUUGUGGAUUGUAAGGAUGUUAUGUUAUUGAUGUAGAUAAUUCCUUUUUUCAGUAUAUAAUUUUUGAGGGGUAUGAAUGAGGUGAGAAACAGGAACUGCUAUUCUACCUACCUACCGACAUAUCGUUCUUCUUUUGCUAUGCUUGGGCUGGGUUUUAGUCUGAACCGGAGAAGCAAGUAUUGAAUCUAGUCUCAAAGUGGGGUAUGAUGCACAAUCACUUUCACAUCAAUCAAGCAAAACCGCUCAUCUUAG